AUGGAGGUGGCUCCGCAUGAUGCGGCACGGCGUACCGGACAAGUGAAGGAGAUGUUUCUCUGGCAGGGACCGCUUUUGCCGACACUGCCCGCAGAUACAGACACAGCUCUCGAUUAUUGGAAGACCUGUCGACGGCGGACCAUGGGCCAAUGGCGAGUCCAUGCCGAGACGAGCAAGCAGCACUUGCCACUCCAAAAUGUUUCCAGCAUGGUAUUGGAAAAGUCGUUUCGGUGGCAGCCAAGUUCGACCCAUGCAGGAGGAACAUACGAACAAGGAGUCGUGUCGCAUUGCUAUGGGGAGCUGAGCUGUCGCGUUCAUAUGACCCAUUUCGGCCAUCUGGGAACUUUGAAGGAUGGCGGUGUGCGAGAUACGGUGGGGACUGGCGGUGCAGCCGAGGGGCGGAAUCAAUAUCCCGUGGAUUGGGAAGCCCCUUUCGAGCGGUAA